AUGACCCCAGCUCUUCUCACACCUAUUACCAGCUAUGAGCCCAGCUCUUCUCACACCUAUUACCAGCUACGACCCCAGCUCUUCUCACACCUAUUACCAGCUAUGACCCCAGCUCUUCUCACACCUAUUACCAGCUACGACCCCAGCUCUUCUCACACCUAUUACCAGCUACGACCCCAGCUCUUCUCACACCUAUUACCAGCUACGACCCCAGCUCUUCUCACACCUAUUAUCAGCUACGACCCCAGCUCUUCUCACACCUAUUACCAGCUACGACCCCAGCUCUUCUCACACCAAUUAUCAGCUACGACCCCAGCUCUUCUCACAUUAUCCUGAUUAUCAGCUACGACCCCAGCUCUUCUCACACCUAUUACCAGCUCUUCUCACACCUAUUACCAGCUAUGACCCCAGCUCUUCUCACACCUAUUACCAGCUACGACCCCAGCUCUUCUCACACCUAUUAUCAGCUACGACCCCAGCUCUUCUCACACCUAUUACCAGCUACGACCCCAGCUCUUCUCACACCUAUUAUCAGCUACGACCCCAGCUCUUCUCACACCUAUUAUCAGCUACGACCCCAGCUCUUCUCACACCUAUUACCAGCUACGACCCCAGCUCUUCUCACACCUAUUACCAGCUACGACCCCAGCUCUUCUCACACCAAUUACCAGCUAUGAGCCCAGCUCUUCUCACACCUAUUACCAGCUACGACCCCAGCUCUUCUCACACCUAUUAUCAGCUACGACCCCAGCUCUUCUCACACCUAUUAUCAGCUACGACCCCAGCUCUUCUCACACCUAUUACCAGCUAUGACCCCAGCUCUUUUCACACCUAUUACCAGCUAUGA